UUUGCUGUUCACGAAUGAGAGGUUUUAUUCUUCAUAUGGUCAGAGGCACUUUUAUUUGUACUUCACAUGGCUAAGUCCCAGCCUGAAAACAGGUUCUGGGGUUGAGCACUGUUGAAUCCUUGCACAAACUGGACUUUGAUUGCUGCUGCUACUACCGCUCAAAAUUGUGUAACCCCUGCAGAUAGUUGCAUCUGGAAGACCUGCAGUUUUAAUUUAGAUGGACCAGUGAAAUAUAGGGGAGUCUGCAUUUGAGAAUGGGUAUUGGGUUUGGUUGAAGAAAACAAGGAGACGGUGGAAGAGGGGAGUCAGUAAGAUAAAGGAAGGGUAGAUCUGGAAAGAGCCCGAAGAUAAAUGAUGGGGAGAGGUCACUUCUGUGUUUGAUACAACUGGUUUUAAAAACAAGAGAUCCUGAAGCUGCAACUCCUUCAGGGGAAUAAAAACUCUGGGCACCUAUCUUCACUUUGCCUCUCUGCUCAACAAGCCGUGAUGGAUUUCCUGCAGAUGUGGUUUGGAAGUUGUGCUUGGAGAAUUUUAUGCUAGGCACUGGACAGUCCUGGCCUCUAUCUUGGGUGGGAUAUCUGGAUGCCAUCACAGAAUCUCAGGCAUCUUCAUCAAAACCUGAUCUAGGCUGCAGGCUGACUCAGCAGAAGCCAAUCAAUAGUUCCAAGAUGACAGAUGAGCCUAUCAAAGAGAUCUUGGGAGUCUCCAAAUGUCCCCAAUGUGCAACUCUGGAGAAAAGCAACAACAAUGCCUGCAGGAUCACAGCCGUCCCUUUGGUGAGCGAAUGCCAGCUGACCGCUGCUACAGGGGGAGCCGAACUCUCCUGUUACCGUUGCACGAUCCCAUUUGGUGUGGUGAUUCUCAUUGCCGGGGUGGUGGUCACAGCUGUGGCAUACAUCUUCAACUCCCAUGGCUCCAUCAUCUCGGUGCUUGGAUUGGUCCUCUUGUCAUCUGGACUCCUUUUGCUGGCCUCGAGCGUGUUGUGCUGGAAAAUCCGACAGCGUAACAAAAAGGCAAAGAGGCGAGAAAGCCAGACGGCUCUAGUGGCAAACCAGAGGAGCCUGCUUGCUUAAAAAUGGCAAAUGGAAAGAAUGAAAGAUAGAUGGAUUACUAAAAGGACAAGCCUAUUUAUUUGCAGUUGGGCUGCAGGAUAUUUUUAUUAAUGGCUGAAUUGGAAUUAUAAAGAUGAACUAAAAGACUUUCUAAACGUUUGGGAAUCAUCAGUCCUUGCUCUAUUAGAAACUUAUCUCAUGACGUGCUAGGGUUUUGCCCCCCAGCCUGCCCAAAUUAUUCCUCAUGUUUAAUUUCCCAGCUGGCAUGAAGAUCCAAUGUUAAUUUUUCAAGGAGAGUGCAAACCUUAUGCACACUAUUUUGAAGUACCAGCGGGGCUAAACUGGCUAAGUAGGAGUGCCCAGACAGAGAAACAUGCUGUGGUAAAAGAUAGGAAAGUGAUCAUAUCUUUGCUUCAGCCAAUAAAUGUGCAUUACUUUGUGCUAUGUGCAAACUCAAAAGGGAGGAAGUACACAUUACACACACGUAUGUGCACAUGCAUGCUUUAAUUUCCUUUCUUGCGUAAUACCUCCUGGGAAAACUUGGCAAGCAGGGAAGUGUGUAUACAAUUGGGCAGCAGCUAAUUGUCAUUGACAGAUCAUACAAUUGUAUAAUCCCCUUUGUAAAGCUAUCUAAGCCAGUGGCCAGUUUUUACAUUUUGUGGCAGCAAAUUCCUAAGCUAAAGAAGAGAUGUGAUAGGCAAGGAAAGGAUGCCACACUUCUCACUGCUUCACUAUUCCAUAUCCACCUUCCAAAGUUGCUGUUUGCUAGGAAAAAUAGUAAUCAAUCUUUUGUUCCACAAAGUGAGGUCAUUCACACAACCGGGCAGCGGGUGGAUGAUGGGGGUAAGGCUGGUUGAACACACCUCCCCCCCGCCCCGACGAGCACUUGACCUUGCUGGGAACAUGGACCGCAAUUCCAGACGAUCCACAUCUGCAAGGUGCAGGGUGGAGCUGUGUAGGUAUCCCACAAUGCAUCACACAAUGUGCAGUGUAUUGGGGGAUUCUCCAGGAGAUGGGCACUCUAGGCCCCCGUCUCUGUGUCUACUCGGGCUGGACAUAGCCCCAGUAUCUCGGAGCCUGGGUUAAGGGCUCGCUUAAGCCCUUAUCCCCAGCUAAGAGCCAGGUUUCAAAGUAGGGCUAGACGGUGCUGCUCUGCCAGGAUCAGGCCCGAUCCUGGUGGUUCUCAUGCACAGCCUAACCAAGGCUGGGCUUCCUUAGCCUGGGUUAGAGUGCACGUGAGAACAGCCUCAGUGUGUGUAAUGUGCAUUUUCUGCUUGGAGCCCAUCUUUUGAAUUAAAAAUAGUUGUCUCCCACAUUGGUUAUGCCAUCUUAACUACAUUUUUUAAAAAGUGUCAAAGAUAACAUGGCCUCCUCACCAUCAUGUGGGAAAACAGCCUUGAAUUGAUGCUUUCUCCAUCCCUCUUCUCUUCCCAAAAAGGAAGAACGUUCCUUUACUCUGUCUGCCCCCCCCCCCGCUCCUGCCGCACAAAAGGACUGGGUUGCCUUCCAGGGUAUUGGCAAACAUGUGGUUAACAUUGAAAAAGAAUGUGAAUAAAAUCAAGAAUGUGAUAAGAGCAGAUCCGAAGUUCCAGAGUAAUGCCCACCAAAUGGUUGGGAGCAUUUUUCUUUUUUCUUUUUAAAUUGAUGACAAGCCUCUGUGUGGCUUUGAUUGAUAUAGUUCUCUGCAAUAGCUGCAUCAGCCAGUUCUUAGAUAUUCACUCAUUUCUUCACUUCCCCCCUCCCUGUGAUAUUUAUCUGUGGUACUUUUUAAAGAAUAAUAUUGAACUUUUUUGGGGGGGGCUGUUUUCUAGAUACAGUAUCUGUAAUUAUUUGCCCAAAGUAAACAGCAAGGUAUGCACAUAGCUGAAAAGUUGACUAUAAUUAAAUAUUGUAACAGUGUCUUCGCACUUUUGGGUGGUUUCUAUAUUAAAAAUUGUUUUUUUUAAAAAAUGUACAUUUCAUAUUAAAAUAAUAAACCAUCUGUGCUGCUAGA